CCCGCGGACAGACCAAGAGAGCUCUGUUCCUGUCUUUCUAGCUGUUUAUGUGUGUGUGUCAGCAGGCGAGCUGACGGGCACAGAGGGCAGGCUGGGCACGGUGGCAGGAGCCGGUGCAUGGCUGUGGGGGGGUCGCACGGCGUGCGCUCCUCAGCAGAGAGAGAGCCGCUGGGGUUCGGGCUUUGGCUGGGCUCGGACACAGCGGUCCUGGGGGCCCAGCGGGGUGCCGGCCGAGCGGGGUUCUCGGGCAUCAUCGGGGGGCAUGCGCUGCUCUCUGCGCUUGUGGGUGCUCCUGGCAUCGUUGGCCCUCCUCUUCCUCACCUCCCUGCUCUUUUCAUUCUCACUGAGGGGAGGCCCUGGCCUGUCCUACCUGGAGUCUCCUGGGUGGGAAGAGUCACGGCAGGUGAAGCUGGUGCCAAACUACGCAGGCUCUCACAAGCUGGUUUCCGCCAAGGGCAGGCAGCAGAAGACGUGUGCCUGUAACCGCUGCGUGGACGACCCGGGCAUGUCCGAUUGGUUUGAUGAGAAUUAUGAGCCAAACAUCUCGCCCGUAUGGACACGGGAAAACAUCCAGCUGCCUGCAGAUGUUUACUACUGGUGGGUGAUGUUGCAGCCUCAGUUUAAGCCCCACAGUAUCCAACAGGUGCUGCUGAAGCUCUUCCAGGUCAUCCCCGGACGCUCGCCGUACGGCUCAUGGGACCCCGCGCGGUGCAUACGCUGUGCUGUGGUGGGCAACUCGGGCAACCUACGCGGAGCAGGCUACGGCUCAGUGAUUGACAGCCACACCUAUAUCAUGAGAAUUAACCUGGCACCCACCGUGGGCUAUGAAGAAGACGUGGGCAGUCACACCACCCACCAUUUCAUGUACCCAGAAAGUGCCAAGAACCUGGCUGCCAACGUCAGCUUUGUUCUGGUGCCCUUCAAGACUCUGGACUUGCUGUGGAUCACCAGCGCCCUCUCGACUGGCCAAAUCCGCUUUACUUAUGCUCCAGUAAAGCAGUUUCUGCGUGUAGACAAGGACAAGGUUCAGAUCUUCAAUCCUGCAUUUUUCAAGUAUAUCCAUGACCACUGGACACGGCACCAUGGCCGCUACCCCUCCACAGGCAUGCUGGUCCUCUUCUUCGCCCUGCAUGUGUGUGAUGAGGUGAAUGUAUUUGGCUUUGGUGCAGACAGCCGGGGGAACUGGCACCACUACUGGGAACAGAACCGCUACUCUGGAGAGUUCCGUAAAACAGGUGUUCAUGAUGCAGAUUAUGAGGCUCAGAUCAUAAAGCACCUGGCCAAAGCUGGCAAGAUCACAGUUUUUCCUGGAAAGUGACAACAGUGUUGACGAAAGGAGCCACUGAUCAAUCGACCAACCAACCAACCAACCGACCACGCAAGCCCUGCUCCUGCUCUUUUUCCUUUAUACCCGCAUACUGUGCCUCAUAGUGGUGUGGGAUCAGGAACCCUCAGUGUUGGUGGUUAUUUCCAAGCCUACCCUGACCCGGAAGAGGAACUUGUUCCACGAUGACCAACCACACGUUCUCCUCGUUCAGCACAGGAUGUUUUUCUAGUGCUGCAUAAACAUGAAGAACCUAUUUAAGUAGUGACCUUGAUGGUUGUCAAUCAGCCCACUAAUUCCCACCUCUUGCGUGUGCUCAGCCCUACAGUAUGAUCAACCUAAUACGUGCUCAUCGACUUUGAGAUAGUUACCUCCUUGAGCAGAUCCAGACUGUGUGUUAAUCAUGCCACCCUGCAUGAUCACUGCAAGUGCCAGGUUACAUGCUCUUACAUAAAAAUGGAGCUUUUUUACGUUGUAUUAUAUCUUUUAUGGUUACAUUUUAUCAUGUCGACUCUGCAUCACUGUGCUGUCACAGACGUACGAACAGAUGUUAGUCACCGUCAUCAUGUGUUCAAUUAAUUUAAUAAGUAAUUACCACAAACAGCUGAUUGUAAAGUGGAACACUCAGCGCCUUCAGAUCAUUUCUUAAACAGAAAACACUUAUUUACUCCAGUGUAUCAAUCAGUGUUUAGACGUAUAUUUGUGAAGCACAUUUUAAGCAGUGUUAUUUGUUUUUGUAUCGCCUGCAGAGGUAGGGAUGAAAUGUCUCUUAAUUAGAGCCAGUGUUAUCCACACACCAGGAACAAAGAAUUAUUUUCUGACUACUGAGGGGAAAGUAUUACAAGGUAUUGGAGCCUGGUGACAUCGGUGUGUGUCGAGUUAAAACUCAGCCUUUAUGUCGAAUCCUGCUAACUGGGAUUAAACCAUGUUUCAGUGCAAUUAGGUGUUUAUAGGAGAAUUCUAGUGCAAAUAGUUCUGUAAAUUUUAAAGUUUUAUUUACUUGUUUGUUUUACAGUCAAUCUUUUCCACCAUCUGUUGUGUUCAGCGCAGUGGUCUGUGGAAAAGUUUCAGGGUGCUCUAAACUUCCUGCUUUGGCUUAGUCCAUGGUUUCAUAUUCAGGUACAGUAACCCCCUUUUUUUUUUUUUGAUGUAGACCUAAACAGAUGCUUGCGUGCCUUGUCCUUGCUGUGGAGACAUCCUCCUUGCAGUAAAACAAACAAAAAAAAUUAAAAACAGACUGAGCAGUUCUUCUUACUCUGCAUUUUCAGCCCACCUGCUCUUCAUCACGUACACACAAACACCUGUGAUGUCAUUUCAGCUCUUUUACCGUGCUUUUUUUUAUUUAUUUUAUUAAAUGCACACUCCUGCAUACCAUAUUAUGAGGUAUUGGCUUUAUGAUCAUUCCAAUAAUUCCCUACUAAACAUUAUCUGAGGAGGAAUCUGUUAUAAGAGUUGAAUAUUGUAGAAACCCAGAUAUGCUUGCGAGAUCAUAUAGUGCAUUAAUGAUAAUUAAGUAAAGCAUUAAGGAUUGAGGCAGUUAUUGUAACAACUGAUUAAAUAAAUACACAAUUCUCCUCCCUGUGAAAAUAUUCCUUUAAAAUGUGUAAUUCAUCACCAAAGAAUCCCACAAACAAAGCUUUUCCAAAGUGUCAAAUUUUUAAUGAAAACAUCUAAAAAGCAAAUGCUUAAAGAGAUUUGAGGGUUUUUGUAUUUGCUUUGCUGCAGUCUUUGUUCCCUUAAUCGGACAAGGAUGACAUUUACAUUUCUGGUGGUCUUGCAGGGGAUAAAAAUAAUAAAUUGUCCCAUUUAAUUAUAAUGUGCUUUCAAAUCAAGACAGUCUGACUUUACUCGCAUCUGUUUGUGUUUUAAAACGUCACUGUCAUUUUUAUGUCAAUGACCUCUAGAUCUGUGCCUGCCUCCUUCAAUGAGGAGUUUCCCUUUUUUCCCUGGGGUUACAGUGUUGUUAAAUGCAGCUAGUUUGGAAGACUGAGGUUUUGUAUUACGGUUCAUUGUAAUUUUUGGAAGUGAAAGCCCCUCUGUGCUGAUGUUUAUACUGACCUGACUUGAUUGAUUUGUCUGACCUAAAGCCUUUCAAACAAACCACUGACAACACACUGUACAUAUCCUGCUAGUAUUUUAUUAUGCUUCUAAUUAGAACGCCAACUUGUUAAUGGUGUAGUGACGGUCAUCAGCUCUCUCUCUUUCCUGUUCCAACCUCCUCAUGUGUAUGUGUAAUUAUGGACUGUUUUUAUCUUAUGCUAUUGUAACAAAUAAAUGCAUACAGUACACAGA